GUUUUCGACAAUUUUGAUCAGAUUACGGCGGAAGUAUGUUUUUCGCUGCAAAGUAUUUAGUUUGCUGAGUAGCUGAACCAGUGCGAAUGUGUCCGAUGUCUUUGCUUUAGUUAGCUGAACCUCCAUAUUUAUUUAUAAUUUAUUUGCAGUGUAGGUGGACGCAGUGAAAUGGGGAAGCCGAAAAAGAAAAGUAACCUCAGCAGGGCUGAGCUGAUGAUGAUGACAAUUGCUGAUGUAAUCAAGCAGCUGGUGGAAGCCCAUGAGGAGGGGAAAGAUGUCAACCUCAACAAAGUGAAGACUAAGACCUCUGCCAAGUAUGGCCUGUCAGCGCAGCCGAGGCUGGUGGAUAUUAUUGCUGCCCUGCCACAGCACUACCGCCGGACCCUGCUGCCAAAACUCAAAGCCAAGCCAAUCCGCACUGCCAGUGGAAUUGCUGUUGUCGCUGUGAUGUGCAAACCCCAUCGCUGUCCCCAUAUCAGCUUCACAGGAAACAUCUGUGUAUACUGCCCUGGUGGUCCUGACUCAGACUUUGAGUACUCCACACAGUCCUACACAGGCUAUGAGCCCACCUCAAUGAGAGCUAUCCGAGCCCGGUAUGAUCCCUACCUGCAGACCCGUCACCGCGUGGAGCAGCUGAAGCAGCUGGGCCACAGUGUGGACAAAGUGGAGUUCAUUGUGAUGGGUGGCACCUUCAUGGCCCUCGCUGAAGAGUACAGGGACUUCUUCAUCAGGAACCUCCACGAUGCUCUGUCAGGCCACACCUCCUACAGCGUGGCCGAAGCUGUCAGGUACUCUGAACAAAGCAACACCAAGUGCGUGGGGAUCACCAUAGAGACUCGCCCAGACUACUGCCUGAAGCGGCACCUGAGCGACAUGUUGGGAUACGGGUGUACCCGGCUGGAGAUCGGGGUCCAGAGCGUCUAUGAAGAUGUGGCCCGUGACACCAACAGGGGCCACACUGUGAGGGCCGUGUGUGAGUCUUUCCACCUGGCCAAGGAUGCUGGUUUCAAGGUGGUGGCCCACAUGAUGCCAGACCUGCCCAAUGUGGGUAUGGAGCGGGACGUGGAGCAGUUCAUUGAAUUUUUUGAGAACACAUCGUUUCGACCGGAUGGGUUGAAGCUGUACCCCACUCUAGUGAUCCGUGGUACGGGGCUGUACGAGCUGUGGAAGACCGGCCGCUACAAGAGCUACUCCCCCAGCACUCUGGUGGACCUGGUGGCCCGGAUCCUGGCUCUGGUGCCACCAUGGACUCGUGUGUACCGUGUGCAGAGGGACAUCCCCAUGCCAUUGGUGAGCUCUGGCGUGGAGCAUGGGAACCUGAGAGAGCUGGCCCUCGCACGUAUGAAGGACAUGGGCACAGAGUGUCGUGAUGUCAGAACCAGGGAGGUGGGGAUCCAGGAGAUCCAUCACAAAGUGCGGCCUUACCAGGUUGAGUUAGUGCGCAGAGACUAUGUAGCAAACGAGGGCUGGGAGACAUUCCUAUCAUACGAGGACCCGGAGCAGGACAUCCUGAUUGGCCUGCUGCGUCUGCGUCGCUGCUCCCCUCAGUCGUUCCGCCCCGAGCUAAAGGGCGGUGUCUCCAUUGUGCGUGAACUGCACGUCUACGGCAGUGUAGUGCCUGUCAGCAGCCGCGACCCCAGCAAGUUCCAGCACCAGGGCUUUGGGAUGAUGCUGAUGGAGGAGGCAGAAAGGAUCGCCCAAGAGGAGCAUGGCUCUGGGAAGCUUGCAGUCAUCUCAGGUGUGGGAACCAGGAAUUACUACAGGAAGAUGGGCUACGUGCUGGAGGGGCCCUACAUGGUGAAGCUCCUGCAAUGAGUGGGGUCUGGGCGGUUUACUGACUGGGCAAUUUGAGCAUGGGGGAUGGUACAUUUCUCUCAGUUAUGACCUUUUUGUAGAACUGCUUUUUAUCCAAACAUCAUUUUGUUUAUUAACAACUUUUCUACAUGACACCUUUAUGCAAACACAAGGUGUAGCCCAUGCAGUCAUGUGUUACAAGACAAUGACUACCUGCUUCAGUUAACUGGUAGCAAACAAAGCUAUACUGGGAAAGCGAAAGUGAUACGAAGGGUUCCUAGUUCAGCAUGCUCUACAUGCGAUAAAUAGUAUGACAGGCAGUUGUUGGUUUAACCUUCUGGAAAUCAUGAGGUCAGUUCAGUAUCUCCUGGCUCACCUUCAUUUGAAGCAGGACUGCACUAUGGUAAAAAAGAAUAAUGAAAGGCUUUGGCUUACUCACACUAUGAAGUGAUAGACCGUAAAAAAAGGAGGAUCACUGCGCACAGUGUGACAUUUUUAUGACUCUGUAACUGAACAACUUUGUUUAUCAUAUUUUAGCAAAAACUAUUCUUUGCCAUGUUCUUUCCUUCUAUAAAAUGUUUUUUUCCCAUAUUUACAGCUUUUUUUUUUAACAUAAAUGUAAUUAUUUCAUUCUAAUUUUAAUUUUGAAAAAUGUUCUUGUCCUUAAAUCAGUUGUAAGUUUAUGAAAUAAAGUAUAUUUAACAGGAAAAUACCAGCACAUAUUAUUGUUUGUUUGUAUUGUUGUAGAUUAUCUGUAGAAGCCCACGUGGUUUAGUUUGAAUGACUGCACAACUACAAGAUCAGAAAGCAGAUGAAAAAUUGGUACCAGACCUGGGUCAAAUACGUAUUUGCUUUGGAUUCAAAUACUAUGCUUUACUGAUCUUGUCUGGUGUAUUGGAACCCAUGAAGUGCUCUCAAAAAGUGCAAACCCCACCUGGUCAUAUUGGCAGGCUCAGUUUUGCCAGGAAAGAUCAAUAGAGCACAGAAAAGUAUUUGAAUCCAAAACAAAUUCAUAUUUGACCCAGGUCUGAUUGGUACUGUAGUAUGAAGUAAAUAUUAUGUCACCAGACAACUGCAUUUGGAUUUAAUAAAUGAAUUUUCAUAAAUUGAAA